AUGUCGAAACCUCUCCCCUCCCGUCCAAGUGAGGACGACAACGAGAACUCCCCGCUUCUACCCCGCGAUGCCUCCCCCUCCUCUCCCCACGACGAAGCCAACGCCUCCGCCGACCCUAACCCCUCGACGCUGCUCCUCUUCCGCCGCGCCGUCGGCAUAAACACCCACCUCCAACCUGCCGACGACUGCGACCUCGAAGCAGGCCGCACCUCCGCCCUCGGCAUCUACGCCUCCACCAUCGCCGCCCACCGCCGCUUCCGCACCCUCCGCAUCCUCGCCACCGUGCUCAUCUACAGCUGCCACGCAACGCAGAUCGUCGUCGGCGGCGUGCUCACGUGCCUGGGCCCGAAGGCGGGCGUCCAUCGGACGAGCAUCACGGUGCUCGGCGGGGUGAAUACCGUUGUCGCGGGCGUGUUGACGUGGAUGAAGGGGCAGGGGAUGCCGGAUAAGUUGAAGAAUAAGGAGAUUGAUUUCCGAAAGCUGCAGAAUUGGAUUGAGGAGACGGAGGCGUUGAUGGUUCUCGGGACGGUCGGCGGGACGAGGGAGGAGGUUGGGGGGUUGGUUGAGGCGGCGUAUCGGAGGUGGAAUGCGGCGAACGAGCGGGGAGAGGACGGAGGGCCCGGGGAGGAGUAUGAGGAUGAAGGGAGAAAGGGAAAGGGCUCGACGAUGAGAUGGCUUCGGGGACGGUGA